GGAUUUCUCACGGGCGGUUUCGCCGGCAUCGUUCAAGGCGUACCCAACGGCUUCACAUAUGCCGUCGCGUGUAGCGUACAACCCAUGAUCCUAGGGACAGCCUUUUCAUUCUGCCGCACCACUAUCGUCCGAGAAUCAACACUCCGAAAUGGAGACCUCAAUCCGAACGACCUGAUCAAAGCCAGUGCCAUCGCUGGGGGCGUUUCUGCUGCUCUGGUCGGGCUCGUGACGCGAGGUCGCUCACAUGUGAUCCCAGGGGGGAUCGCGUUCUCAAUGUUCGCUGCUGGUGGGCAGUACUUCUACAACGGAUGGACGGCGCCGCGGCCCCUCGAUGAUACGGCCAAGAAGGGGUUUUGGAAACGAAUGACGGAGAACAAAUGGAGUCCUGUGAAGCUUCUGAACGACGAGGAACAUGCCAACCUUCUGCGGGAGAAGCUUUUGAAUGUCGAAGUGGAAAUUGCCCUCAUCGACGACAAGAUUGCGGCGUUGAAGGCGCAAGAG